GCAUCCCAGUGACGUCAUCGCAGCUGCAUCAGCCGCGCGCGCGAGGAGGAGCGGCCGCGUCGGGCUCGCGACGGCGUCUCGCUCUACGUCGGAUCCUCAUCCCGCAGAGAUGGCGACCCACGAGCUGCAUCCCAACGACACCCUGACCACGCUGAAGAUGGAGUCGGAGAACCUGAAGGCGAAGCUGGAGGAGGAGAGAGCCAAGCUGCACGACGUGGAGCUCCAUCAGGUGGCCGAGAAGAUCGAGGCGCUGGGACAGUUUGUGAUGAAGACCAGGCGGACGCUGAAGGGACAUGGAAACAAAGUCCUCUGCAUGGACUGGUGCAAAGACAAGCGGCGGAUCGUGAGCUCCUCGCAGGAUGGGAAAGUAAUUGUGUGGGAUGCAUUCACAACUAAUAAGGAACACGCUGUGACUAUGCCGUGCACCUGGGUGAUGGCUUGUGCUUAUGCUCCUUCUGGCUGUGCAGUGGCCUGCGGAGGUCUGGACAAUAAGUGCUCAGUGUACCCCCUGUCACUGGACAAGAACGAAAACCUGGCCGCUAAGAAGAAGUCUGUGGCAAUGCACACCAACUACCUCUCAGCCUGCAGUUUCACCAACUCUGACAUGCAGAUCCUGACCUCGAGUGGCGAUGGGACUUGCGCUCUGUGGGACGUGGAAAGCGGCCAGCUGCUGCAAAGCUUUCAUGGCCACGGAGCUGACGUGCUCUGCCUGGACUUGGCCCCAUCUGAGACUGGCAACACCUUCGUCUCGGGGGGUUGUGAUAAGAAGGCCAACGUGUGGGACAUGCGCUCGGGACAGUGCAUCCAGUCCUUUGAGACCCACGAGUCAGACAUCAACAGCGUGAGGUACUAUCCCAGUGGAGAUGCCUUUGCAUCUGGGUCUGAUGAUGCCACUUGCCGUCUCUAUGACUUACGGGCAGACAGAGAAGUGGCCAUCUACUCCAAGGAGAGCAUCAUAUUUGGAGCUUCUAGUGUGGAUUUCUCUCUUAGUGGACGAUUGCUGUUUGGUGGGUACAACGACUAUACCAUCAAUGUGUGGGAUGUGCUGAAAGGAAACAGGGUGUCCAUCCUUUUUGGCCAUGAGAACCGGGUCAGCACUCUGCGGGUCUCUCCAGACGGCACCGCCUUUUGCUCUGGCUCCUGGGAUCAUACCCUGCGGAUUUGGGCCUGAGUUGUUCCACAGAGUCUGGGCCUUGAAAUCUCGACAUUACCCAGCUUGCCUGGAUUCCCACUCCCUGCACCUUCAGCCAGCAGGAACUCCACAACCGUUUAGAAGAAUAAAUACGUGCUUUGUUUUGUAGGACUUUUGUGUUUCUAGAGUCAGCGGAUCUCCCAACCCCAUACAUUUACACACACUGCACUGGUGAGAAUGCGCUUUUCAGCAUUCUAAAACUCUGCAUUGCUUGACAACCACAGGGCAACACCUGUGUAGUUUGAUCUUAUUUACCUCGUUUUGUUUUUUUAUCUGCUGUUAAUUUACCUGUCAUUAGUAUUUAUUUUUAUAGACCUUUUUAAAGGCUAGAAAUCAUGUUUGUGUAGUGUUUUAUCCAAAAGCUUGGGGAGUAAAAGUAGUACUUAAAUUGAAGCUGUACAAAAUGAUCUGUUUAAAUUGUAUUUUAUUAGCUGUUUCAUGGUACAAAACAAAGAAAAAGUAUUUAUCAGAUUUUAUGUAAGAUUUUUUUCUGUGAUAAGUUUAAAGAUAGUGCUGCUGCUAAACUGAGUUAAAUUACACUGACUUCUUUUUAUACAGUAGUAAUAAUAGCAAAAUACCUAUUUAUAAAUGUAGCACAUAGAGAUAGUUAACCUUUGGGUGACUUCCUGUGCAUGAGACCAUAGCAGUAAAAACAGAUUGUCCCAAAUGGAAUGAAAGUACGUUUAACGUAUGAAAAUACUGGAUUAUGUUAAAGUCAGGUAAC